GGGAAAGCAGAGCUCCAGCGAGAGAAGGUUAGCCAGCAGCGAGUGAAGAAAAUGGCGAUCAUGCAGGACGAAUGCCUCCCCUCGUAGAUGCUGCAAACGCGUUGAAUUUUUUUUUAGCCUUACAGCCGGCUUUCCUUUCCACUCUGUUGCACUUUAUACUUCAAUGAGAGAUUUGGAAUUGGAAGCUGUUGCCACCAAAGAAACUGAAGCAUCUAAACAGGGAACACACCCACAGAGGGAAGAACAGUGGAUGGAAGAGAGAGAGAGACGGAGUGUGUGACGAGGAAGGAGGAUAAGAAGAUACAAGACUGGACAAAAGUGCCAGAGUAUACCAAGUCCAGGCAGAGUCCUAAAUCUUAACCACGCCGCCCCCAUCCCCCCUUCCCACACACAAACACACACAUUCAGUCUUCAGCACGUCCUCAGCGAUGCCAAGGAGGCCCGAUCAGCCUGCUGCCCACUCUGAAAAGCCCUGCCUCUUCACCCCAGACCCUUGAGGCUGUGCCCUCUGAGAUUUGACGAUUGACCUCCCCCUUGUCAACCUGGGAACCAGAGGUCACCUGUUCUCCACUGAACCCGGGGAGGCCCUCCUGCCUAGUCAGGAGCCGCAGCCACGUGCCGAACUCACAGGCAUGGCUCCCAUUCGGGAUUCCGUCAGCCACUCCCCUAAUCAAACAGGUCUUGAGCAUCCUGGCUUGGACUCGCAGUAUGAGCCUUCUCCCUGGUCCUCUGGCUCUCCCUGCAGCAGUGACAGCAACAGCAACUGGGGAAAAGUCCUAGUGGACGGAAGCACCGACAAACCCAACAACCCUUCUUCAACUAACUCUUCCGUCUGGCCCCCCUCCUCCUCCUCAUUCUCUUGCUCCUCGUCUUCUUCCUCCUCUGGCUGUGGGUCAGGAUCAGACCCUGAGUUGGCAUCAGAAUGCAUGGACGCAGACUCUAGCUCCUCGAUCGGCUCAGAGAAAAACCUCGCCGCUGUUGCUGUGACAACAGUGAUGAUGAUGUCAGCAAAUGCUUCUUCCUCUGUGUCUUCUACGACGUCUUCUCCCUCCUCUUCUAUGGUGACUUCUGCCAUGAUGGUCGGGGUUUCAGUGAACGGAGACAGCAACGGCAACAGUCGUCAGGUUAUUAGCGGAGGAAUGGGAACCAUCAGUGGUGCAAAUAAUGGAAAUAAUAAUAUCACCGGGCCCUCCCACUUCUCCGUCGCUGGGUCCAGCAGUAUUGGCAGCAAUAACAUGGGUAACCACAACAACAAGCUUGUCAAUAACAGUGGUGUAUGGGGUACCCAGUCAGGCAGCAACAUGAUCACCACCGGCGGAAGCACCCCCUGCAUCAAUGGAGGGUUAACCCAAAACACUUUAAACCCAAAUGCCAACCACGGUGCCUGGCCACAGAAUCCAACCCCAAGCCCAGUGUCCCAGGGCCAACGGCCUCCACAGGCUCAGGGGAUGAGUUCCAAACUGGGUAUAGCUCCCCAACAGGGCCCCUUGCUGGGCUGGGGUGGCAUGGCAGCUCCAGACAACAGCAGUAUGAUGGAAGACACUGAGGUGAAUAAUGGUACAGCAAACAGCAAGGUGUUAGGAAGCAGCAACAGUGGAAAUGGUGGCCUGCAGCCUACCAACCUUAACACUGAAUCCAAUGGACCAAAUAACACUAUAAUGAUGAAUACUACUACUACUACUACUAACGCCACAAUGACCUCUAGUCCACCAAACUCUACCGCCUCACCCCAGCUCAGCGGGGACUGUUCCUGGGGUUCCAUUGGAGGAGGGAGUGGGGGUCCGCUGGCCAAUGGAAACCCCGCAUCAGCCCCCCAGCACCCCAAAGGAGAGUUGGGGGGUUCUGGGGCCUUCGGUACGCCUUGGGGCGCAACUACCUACCCUGGAGACAAUUGUCCCCCAAAUGCAGACACUGUGAACCCCCAAAACCCUGCCUUAAUGCAGGCUGGGAACCCCCAAAUCUCCUCUACUGCUGCUUACAAGAGUAAUAAUAACCACAAUAACACUGGGGCUCCACGCUGGGACCAGGGGCCUGCCAACAACCCAAACCAGCCUCAGAGCAGCUUGUCCUGGGGUGUUGGCUCAAAUCAAAUCCCAGCCUCUGCAGGCCAAACACAAGGAACUGGGAACCAAACUACAAUGGGCCCUCCAGUAGGGAUACCUCGCCCCUGGGGAAGCAGCGCGUCCUCUUCUUCCUCUUCCUCAUCGUCCUCUUCCACAUCUAACAACAAGAUGUCAAAUGGAGAAUGGGGAUCAACAAUUCCUGGUAACAACCACACAGAUGCUGGAAGUCAUAAAGGAAGCGCUGCCAACAAUGGCUGGAAAAGCCUAGAGGAUGACGCCAUGGGCAUGGGAGGUGGAGGAGGUGGAGGUGGAGGAGGAGGAGGAGGAGGAGGAGGAGGAAGCCAUAGUUUAGGCAGUGUGACUGGAGGAUGGGGUCGCUCUGGAGGAAGUGAGGGAAGUGGCGAGAGCUCUGGAGGCCGAUCCAGCUCAGACAGAGACAGCAGCCAGCAAAAAGGGGUAAACCGCAGAAAAGGUAACGUUACUCCAACAUUAGUAACAAAUGUGAGCAGGGUUGAUCUGGACCCAAGGGUUCUGUCCAACACUGGAUGGGGACAGACGCCCGUACGGCAGAACACCGCCUGGGAUGUAAAUUCUCCUGCUAACAAACAGCCCCAGGGUUCCAGGGGAGACGAAAGAAAGCAUAGCAGCGGAAGCUCCGGAUGGGGCACAGCAACACCGGCAGCUCCUUCCCAGGCCUCUGGAGGUUGGGGAGGUGGGCCAGGAAGCUCAGGCCCAGAUACAGGAGGUUCUGGCUGGGGAGAGCAAAGGUCAACCUCUGGUUGGGACAACAAAGGCCCAGCAAGUGGAGGAAGUGGGCAGAGUGGCUGGGAUGAUGGAUCCAGCUACAAGGGGGGCAACAACAACAGUAACACCUGGAGCAACAACAUAAACAAAGAUGACAGAUCCAAUACCUGGACUAAUGCGCCCAAACCGCAGCAGGGCUGGGGUUCCAGUACUGGAAAUGGAAGUGAAGGCUGGGGUAAUGGUGGAGAUCAUCCUAGAGCCAGGGCCAACAACCACUGGGGGGAGCCCCAAAAAAGUGCAGGCUCAGCGGGCUGGGACAGCGACAGUGACCGAUCUGGCUCUGGAUGUUGGAGUGAGCCAAGCCGAACCAACACCAGCAGCAGUAACACCUGGGUAGGGAGCGGAGGAUCAAAUACUCCAGACCAGAGCACUCCAAACCCAGGCUCCAACUGGGGCGACUCAGUCCACAAAGCCAAUUCUCAGAGUAAGAGCCAGGGCUGGGGUGAGCCAACCACUAACAACCACGGAACCCAGAACUGGGGUGAGCCGAAUCCCAAGACAUCCAAUGAGUGGGGAAAAGGUCCUGAAUCCAACAUGUCCAGAGGCAAUCAAGCCCCUAGCAAGCCCACAGGCUGGCUGGGAGGGCCCAUUCCCACAGGAGCUCAGAAGGAGGAAGUGGCAACUGGGUGGGAGGAGCCUUCUCCAGAGUCCAUCCGUCGUAGGAUGGAGAUUGAUGAUGGAACUGCAGCUUGGGGAGACCCUGGUAAAAACACUCGCAACACUGGUAAAUACAGCGGUGGAUCUGUCAACAUGUGGAACAGGACUGGCCAAUCAGACCAGGAGGCGAUGGGUCCAGGCCCAUCCUCUCAGCACCAGUCCCACCCAGCACACAACACAAUGCAUCCUCCACCACAGCCCAUGCAGCAGCAGCCCGUCGCCCAGGACAAAAGCUGUAGUUCUGGUUGGGGUGAGCCCUACCCCCAGCAGAAGGAGUCCUCAACAUGGAGGGAGCCUACCACUGCUCCGCCUGUGACAGUGGACAACGGGACUUCUGCAUGGGGGAAGCCCAUGGACACCACAUCCAGCUGGGAUGAACGCAGCAGGGAAAGCAGAGAGUCUGGUUCGGGAUGGGGCAACCAGCAUAAGUCUGUAGCUCCAGGUCCCAAGCCCAUGGAGACAUGGUGUGGUGAGGAGGUGUCCAUGAGCAACAGCUGGGACCAAGAAGAGGAGGUGGAGAUCGGCAUGUGGAGCAACAGCCAGCAGGACAACAGGUCCCAUGACCAAAACACCUGGAACUACAAGCAUAAAGGCUCCAACAAGAUGAACAAAUCAGUCAACAAACAGGAUGAACCAUGGAUGAAACCUUUCAUCAACCAGUUCAACAGCAUGAACUUCCCUCGAGACUCUCCUGACGACUCCAUGAAAACAGGAGCAGGGAUGGUGCAGGACAAGCGUAUGGACCUGGGCGCUAUGGGAGACUACAAUGGAGUGAUUGGGAAGAAUCCCGGGUCUCGACACCAGCUCCACAAGGAGUCUGCCAUGGAUCGCAGCUCUUACUAUGACAAGAAUGUAAACCCUAUGUUGGGUGGCAGCAGUGUAGCACAGGGCCGUGGCGGCCCCCAGUCCCAGAUCCCCCCCCAACCCAACCUUCGUAACCAAGUGCCUCCGCCCAUCCUGCCCUCUCAGGUCCCUCCAUCCCUGUUGAAGUACCCAGGAGGUAACGGAGGCCUGAACCCUCUGUUUGGCCCUCAGCAGGUGGCUGUGCUCAACCAACUCUCCCAACUCAACCAGCUGUCACAGCUCAACCACAUCAACCAGUUACAGCGUCUUCUCCUCCAGCAGCAGCAGCAGCAGCAGCAGCAGCAGCAACAGCAGCAGCAGCAGCAGCAGCAGCAACAACAACAACAACAACAACAGCAGCAACAACAGCAGAAGGCUCAGAGCCAGAGAGCCAUGCCUGUAGGACGACAGACUGAACAGACACGUCCUAUUGGUUCGUCUCCAUCAAUGAUGCAACCGCCACGGCACCUGGACCCCUCCCUGCUAAAGCAGCCCCCACCCCUCAAACCGUACAUGGAUAACUACAUGUCCCACAAUACCCCUGACAUGCAGAAGGAUGCUGCAGCUCUUGGAUCCUUCAGCAACUUCCCUUUAAGCUUGAACUCUAACCUGAAUGUAUCCCUGGACAUGGGUGUUGGUGGUGGUAGUAGCGUAGGCGGAGCUGUGAGCUACAAAGAGCCACCCCAGUCCAGAAUGAAGAAACUUUGGGCUACUGACCCUCUGGAGCAGAACAGCAAACCUGGUGCUAUGUCGUCUGGGCUGCGUCUGGAGGACUCUCCCUUCUAUGACUUCCUGUCUCCUGGCCCAUCUCCCCUGAGUCCUCCCGGCCAAUCAAUGGGCUCGGUGGGCGAUGGCUGGCCACCCCGUGCCAACUCCCCCCCGCCCCAUGGAAACACUGUCACCUGGCCCCCAGAGUUCCGGCCCGGGGAGCCUUGGAAAGGUUACCCCAACAUUGACCCUGAGACUGACCCUUAUGUGACCCCCGGCAGUGUCAUCAACAACCUCUCCAUCAACACCGUCCGCGACACAGACCACCUCAGGGACAGGAACAACGGGCCAUCCUCAUCACUGAACACCACGAUGCCUUCUAACAGUGCCUGGUCAUCCAUUCGUGCCUCCAGCCACAGCGGUUCCCUCACCAGUACAGCACAAAGCACUUCAGCAGCCAGACCCAGUGAGUCAAAGUGGUCUCCCAGCGGCGGUUCUGUGUCUAACUCCUCCCUGGCCCAUGAGCUGUGGAAGGUCCCCCUGCCUCCCAAGGCUCUGUCUGUGGCGGCCCCCUCCAGACCGCCACCCGGCCUCACCAGCCUGAAGAACAGCUCUGCCUCCUCUGGCUGGGACAGCUCUGCCCUUAGGCUGGGGGGGUGGGGCUCCACUGAGUCCAGAUACACACCUGGUUCCAGUUGGGGUGACAGCAGCAGCUCAGGGAGAACCCAAUGGCUCGUUCUGAAAAAUCUCACACCUCAGAUUGAUGGCUCUACCCUGAGGACCUUGUGCAUGCAGCACGGCCCUCUGAUCACAUUCCACCUCAACCUGCCGCACGGUAACGCUGUGGUAUGCUACAGCUCCAAGGAUGAGGCCGCCAAGGCCCAGAAGAGCCUGCACAUGUGUGUUUUGGGGAACACUACUAUUCUGGCUGAGUUUGCCAGUGAGGAGGAAAUCAACCGUUUCUUUGCACAAGGGCAGUCAUUGGCCACUCCCUCCUCUGGCUGGCAGACCAUUGGCUCCUCUCAGAGCAGAAUGGAUCAGCCCCACCCCUUUCCCAGCCGCGCUCCUGAACCUAACCAAUGGAACAGCAGCGAUCUUCAUAGCUCCUCCCUCUGGGGCGGGCCCAACUAUUCCAGUAGCCUGUGGGGGACACCCAGUGGCACCGAGGCGGGGAGGAUCAGCAGCCCUUCUCCAAUCAGCUCCUUCCUCCCGGUGGAUCACCUGACAGGGGGUGGGGACACCAUGUGAACCGCCUCCCAAUCAAACAGGCUGGGGGAAGGGUCAGUAGAGAAUUAUCAAUAAUCAGCAGAAGAAAAUAUUGAAAAAAAAAAAAAAAAGUAGUUAUAAACGCAAUGGCACUAGUUGGACUCUUUCUCACUUACAAGAUAUUCAACAAAACGGGGUCUCCCCUGUGGAAAACAAGUUACGUUUCUCUCUGCACAUAUGUCCACUUUGUUUUAGCCCAAAAACAUAUCAGUCGGAAUACUUGAAUCAUGCAGGCCAAUUCUAUAAUGUGAACGGAUGGAUAUUUGCUUCCAGGUAGUGCUCUUUCAGACCGAAAAAAGCUUCAAUCGAGCUCAUUACUAUAUAUAUAUUUUUUGUUUCAUUCGUCAUGUUUAUUUGAAUUCCAAUUCUUUUUAUUUUUAACGUUUUCUUUUUGUUUUUUUUCUUUUUGUUUUCUUUUGUUUUUUUUGCAUUUGUUUGCUGACAAUGUUGGAGAAUGAGCUUUUUUAACUUUGCACUGAAUGUGGUUUUUUCUCAGUAUAUAUAAUCUGCAAUAUAGAGGGAGCAGCCAGUUUUUCCAGUGUAGCUGUUUACUCAUUGAGGUCCUUACCGUAUGUGUGUAUGCGUGUGCACGCGCACCUGUGUGUGUGUGUGUGUGUGUGUGUAAGUACUGUGUGUGCGUGUGUGACUGCGUGUGUGAGAGUAUGUGUGCGCUCCUCUCUGCCUUGGCACGCCUACCUUACUGCGUUGUCGUGGAGUUCAAGAUCAACAGAUAGUUAAAAGAAGAAUAAAAGCUGACUUAGGAGGAUUAUCUGGUGAUAGUAAAAGUGACAUUAAAAAGUAUUGCACCAAUUUUGUUUUAAAACUAAAGAACGUUGAGCUCUGCAGUGCAAAGGACUGUAGCCGCAGCUGGGACUAGCAAGCCCCGCCCAUCCUAAUAUAGGGGGCGGGGCCUAUCUAGCAAGCCCUCCCGCAAGCCUCCUAGUGGGCAGGGGGGGAACAGCACUUUCAGAAUAGGCUUUCAAUGUUUUGGAGGUGCCACACUGCAACCUCUUGUUUACAAGACUUAGGAGGCGGAACGUGUGUUCAUUCUUCAUUUUAAAGAGAAGAUGGAAUAAAAUAGAAAAAAAAACACAAAAAAAGAAAGAUAAAACAAUAAAAAAAAAACUUUAAAAAAUGUAUAAAACGAAUUAAAAAAAGGACAAAAAAAAUUUAAACUCUUAUUGAGGAUGAAGACGAUGCUUUGUAACUCUGGGAAUUCGGAUCAGUGUUUUUGGCCAUGGCGUUGGUUAUUUGAACUAUUCCUCUUUGUCUGCUAAAUAACCAGCAAUGGUUCUCAGGAAAUCAAGCCAGUUUUCCCCCCCUUGUAGUUGAAUAAAAAAAAACUACUACUCCUUGUAGGAAAGGAAAAUCCAACUUCUAGCACUGAAAACUAUGUAUAGGUCUGUAAGUUUUUUUUUCUCUGCCAAAUAACUGCUUUAAGCUGGAGAAGCUCAACACACUGCUUUCAAUAUGCUGUCUUUUGAGGGAGGGGGGAUCCUUGAGUGUGUGGGGGGGUUGGAGGACGGGCUUUAUAAAUCCCAACGCUCCCUCUCUCCUCCUCCUCCUCCUCUCCUCCUCCACUCCUCCGCUCCACUGAUGUAAAAGAAAUCAAAGUGGGGAGUGUUUAUUGUGUGAGUGUGUGACUGUCAGUGGAAAUGUUCUGUCAUGUCGGACUUAUAAACCAAGAGAAAGGCGAAUCUGUAUCUAUGCAUACUGUAGCCUCUCACAUGGCCUACAGAGAGGCGGUUUUUUUUUUCUCGUUUUUUUCCCAUGUCUCUCAAAAUGUUUUAAAUGUUUCAUUAAGAACAACAAAAUGCGAACUAUGACUUGCUUUCUUUUUUUUCUUUUUCUUUUUUUAAAUCGCUUUCAUUGCCACAAAUGGUGUUUUGAAAAAAAAGGAAAGAAGAAAAACUUUACAAAUCUUGUUUUGGUUGAAGAUAAUAUUUUAACAGUGCAAAAGUCGUCCACAUUUCAUUGCCUUGAUCCUAAUUGUGUCCGAAGAUGCAACAACAAGUCAAGUGGCUUCUACCUGUUUACAAAUAGAAUAUGAUUGUAUUGUUGAACUGUUUUUGUUUUUGUUUUUCUUUUUUUGUUCUUUUGGGAGGGGGAGGGGGGGUACUCAUCUGAAGUUCUUGACCUGAUGAAUAGUGUGUGUGUGUGUGUGUGUGUGUGUGUGUGUGUGCGUGCGUGUGUGUGAUAGGAUGCUCUGUACCGGCAGAUGUGAGGUCUACCGCUGGAGGGGAAUGGGUUUAAUGGGGGGAGGGAGGGUUGCAUGAGUGUGGUAGAAACAGCGUGAAUGUAAAUCCACCAGUGGUGUUUGUCGACAUGAAAAAAAAGAAAAAAGAAAAAAAAAUACACGUGUGAAAUAAUAGAUUUACCUAUCUAGCAGUGAUUGUGUAGUUACUACGAUGCACAAAAUAUUCGGGGAAAAACAGAAGCUUCAGAGAGUGCGUGCACGAGAAGUCAGCAUUAGCGAAGCCAUGGACCUUAAUUUCUUUUCUUCAUUGUGAACUGAUUCUGUUUAAGCCUGUCGUGUGUGUUUUCCCCCUCCAGUAUAGGUUUUUAUUUCAGAAGUACUACAAACGUUGGCUUUAGUUGUGUUUUUAAGUUUAGUCGUGAAUAUUUAACAGCUUCAAAGCAUAUGUAGUGAGACAGAAUCUUGAGUAUUAGCCAGACUUGACAGUGGUGUGUGCCAGUAUUGAACUGCUCUCUACCAAAUAAUUCAAUCAUACAAAAUAUUAGUUUACUUAAUUCCAGUUUUUUUUUUGCUUAAACUAUAUAUUAUCUCUUAUUUGUGUUUUUCUUUCCUUUUUUUGUUUUGUUUUGGUCUU